GGCCGCAGCAAAUUUCUCCAUAAUCCAACUUUCCCUCUUUCCACCUUCUCCCCGCAAUCACACUCCUAGGCUUUUCACCCCCUCCAUAGCAGGGCUUUUCCUACUCUCUUUCUACUGUUUUCAUUUAUUCACUCAUUUUCACCCCGGAUACGGUAACAAAAUCUUCUGAUUUUUGCCCUAUCCCACCGGAAUUUAAAAUGGGACGAGGCUCACGGCUUACCCGUCUGGAUGCCUUCACCAAGACGGUGGAGGAUGCGCGUGUCCGGACCACCUCUGGGGGAAUAGUUACUCUCGUCAGUUUGUUUGUUGUGUUCGUUCUGGUGGUUGGUGAAUUCCGGGAGUAUCGGCGGAUUCAGGUGCUCCCGGAGUUAGUUGUUGACAAGACUCGUGGGGAGCAACUCCCCAUAAGCCUCAACAUAACAUUCCCCCACAUCCCCUGCGAGCUUCUAACCCUGGACGUAAUGGACGUCUCUGGCGAGCAGCAAUCCUCAAUAACCCACGGAAUCCACCUAACUCGUCUAACCCCCUUCCCAGAAUCUAAACCAGUCUCCACCACCUCCCUGAACGUCCACGAGGACACGGCAUCCCAUCUUGACCCAGCCUACUGCGGAAAAUGCUAUGGCGCCCCAGGCCCCGAGAAGGACAAGGGCUGCUGCCAAACCUGUGAAGACGUGCGCGAGGCGUAUGCAUCCAUCGGCUGGGCCUUCGGCAAGGGAGAAGGCGUGGAGCAGUGCGAGCGGGAACACUACGCCGAGCGCCUUGACGAGAUGCGCGAGGAAGGAUGCAACAUAGCCGGGCACCUCAGCGUCAACAAGGUGAUCGGCAACUUCCACAUCGCACCCGGAAAGUCCUUCUCAAGCGCACAAAUGCACGUGCACGACCUCAACCAGUACUUUGCCAGCACAAAGGAGCACACCUUCACACACACCAUUCACCAUCUCUCCUUCGGCCCGGACCUCCCCGCCAACGUCAAAGUCCAGCGUAACCCCCUCGACGACUCAAGACAGGUCACCCAGGAGCGCAGCUUCAACUUCAUGUACUUCAUCAAAGUCGUCUCAACCAGUUACCUCCCCCUCGGCACCUCGGAAAACUCUUACAUCCCCGGCGCGAUAGAGACGCACCAGUACUCGGUGACCAGCCAUAAACGCUCCCUAAUGGGCGGCGCGGAUAAGGAGCAUGCAAGCACUAUUCAUGCCCGCGGCGGGAUUCCGGGCGUUUUCUUCUCUUACGACAUCUCCCCAAUGAAAGUCAUCAAUCGCGAAGUCCGCGCUAAAUCCUUCGCGGGAUUCUUGACGGGUGUGUGCGCCGUCAUCGGUGGAACACUCACGGUUGCCGCGGCGAUUGAUCGGGGAUUGUAUGAGGGUGGCAUGAGGGUUAAGAAGUUGCAUCAGGGGUAGUGCGUUCGUUCGUGAGUUUGUGGGGUAAUGAGUUAUUAAAUAAAUUAAUUGAACAAUUUCUACGUGGGAGUGUCCACCCCUUAUUUUUCCCAUGUCCGGGAUGAGGGAGAGAAAGGGUGACCCGGAGGGGGAGAAGUAAGUCGGCGUGUAUUUGUAUUGGUUGAUUGUUGGGCCGAAUUG